ACAAGCAGGGAGAGAGAGAGAGAGAGAGAGAGCGAAAGAGAGAGAUGGCGCGGCACCCGACCGGAGCGCAAGGACAGCUGGCUGGCGGAGGGGGGGGCUUGAUUUACAAAGGAAGGAACUAAUAAAAUCAUUUUUAAAAAUAUACAUUCAUGAAGAAAACGUGGAUUUCGAAGACGGUAUCGAGGUAGUGUGAUAUAUAUAUAUAUUUUUUUUUUUUUAAUAAUAAGGAACAAAAGAAUUGAACUUUGAGGACUUUCGGGGGUGGGGGGCGCGAGCUAAGCAGGUCACAUAGAUGGUUGGUCCACAGAGCCGCCCGGACAAUGAAUGCCCAGCUGUCGAUGGAAAAUAUAGGCGACCUGCACGGCCAUGACUCCGUGAGCGGCCACGGGGAGUUACUGAGCGGGCACACUCCGCACUCUCGUCCCAGUGCCCGGGGGCUGACCCACCGCGCCAUGGGUAUGGCGACCCUGCUGGACGGCGGAGACUAUCACCACCACCACCCGGGACACCUUCACCCGGCCAUCAGCAUGUGCGAAGCCCCCGGCAUGAGCGCAAGCAGCACCUACACCACCUUGACCCCCCUGCAGCCUUUGCCCCCCAUCUCCACCGUGUCCGACAAGUUUCCCCCGCACCAUCACCACCGCCACCACCCGCACCCGCAUCCCCAUCACCCUCACCCCCAUCCACACCAGAGGAUCCCGGGCAAUGUCAGCGGCAGCUUCACGCUCAUGCGGGAGGACCGGAGCCUGGCUCCCAUGAACACUCUCUACCCCGCCUACCACCACAAGGAUCCCUGCAUGGGCCAGAGUCUCUCCCCGCUGUCCGGCUCCGGUCUGGCGGGCAUCCACGCGAGCCAAGCCGGCCUGCCGCCCUACGCCCACCCUGGCGCCGCCAUGCCCGGGGAGAAGAUGCUGACGCCCAGCGGCUUCGAGGCGCACCACCCGGCCAUGCUGGGCCGCCACACGGAUCAGCACAUGAGCUCCGCGGCGGGGAUGGUGCAGCUGAACGGCCUGCACCACCACCCGCACGCGCACCUCGCAGCGCAGGGUCACGGCCAGGGGCUGGGAGGCGGCCUGGAGCAGGCCUCCGCGCUCGGGCAGCAAGGCGCCAUCAACGGCGGUGGUGGAGGAGGAGGCCAGAUGGAGGAGGUGAAUACCAAAGAGGUGGCGCAGAGGAUCACCACAGAGCUCAAGCGCUACAGCAUCCCCCAAGCCAUCUUCGCCCAGCGGGUCCUGUGCCGGUCCCAGGGGACCCUGUCCGACCUGCUGAGGAACCCCAAGCCGUGGUCCAAACUCAAGUCCGGCAGGGAGACCUUCCGCCGCAUGUGGAAGUGGCUGCAGGAGCCUGAGUUCCAGCGCAUGAGUGCGCUCAGGCUCGCAGGUGAGCGAAGCCUCGCGUGCAAGCGUAAGGAACAGGACCACGGCCACAGCGAGCGGGGCAACCCGGUUGCCAAGAAGCCCCGCCUAGUGUUCACGGACGUGCAGCGGCGGACCCUCCACGCCAUCUUCAAGGAGAACAAGCGUCCAUCCAAAGAGCUGCAGCUGACCAUCGCGCAGCAGCUGGGCCUGGAGCUGGCCACCGUCAGCAAUUUCUUCAUGAACGCACGUCGCCGCAGCCUGGACAAGUGGGUCGACGACGGCUCCGGCCACCCACCCGGCGCCGGCCUCAGCGCCUGCACCAAAGCCUGAAAAAGGACCGGGAUGCGCUUUUGACCCUUACUCAUGGACUUGACUCGGUGGAAAAGCUUUAAAACUUAAGAGAACCUAACAAAAGACCUCGCAGUUUUGCCCUUAAAUCUGUACUAUAUUCAUAUUUAUAGUAUCCAAAGAUGAAAAAAAACCAAAGACUUCUUCUUUCUUGUUUAACCUGCUUUGACAUGUUUGGGUUACACACUGCAAAAAGACUACCUUCCCCCCUUUUUCCAUACUCACAUUCUCUCACCGAUCUCUAGCUUUACAACAACCCCCACUCCCCAUUCCCAUUAUCACUAUCUGACUCCCAAAAUGGAGGUAAUCAGUAUGAUCUGCGGAGCUCCGGUGGGAUUUGUCCAAUCAACGUUAAAGAAAUUUAAAUCCCACGGGAGCGACUGGAUUGUUGUUUUUCUUUUCUUGGAUCUAUGGACAGUUACAAGGGAAAAAACAAACCCAUGGCGUAGAAAUUCCAAAGCCCAACAUUCCCACCCCGGACCACGAUGUAGUGCUUUCCUUCCGACGUGCUGAAACGCUAUUUUGAAACAAGAGAAACCAAAGCCUCACUCAUGCAGCCUACACCUAAAGCAGUAGAAGUGCUAUUGACCAAAGAUGAUAUUUUGUAGUUGUUAACCUAGCCACUGCUGCAACAUUCCCAAUCAUACACCCAUCCAUGUUCUUUGGGCCAGUUCAGGUUACAGGAGGAGCAUUUCUCAGUUGAUUUAGGGCAAAUGCACAAAAGUAACCUAUGUGAACCCCUACACUACCCAGGUUGUAAUAUUCUUAAUCAUCCAUCCAUCCGCCCAUUUUCUUUAGCGUGCAUCGUUCAUGGUCCAGGUAGGAGCUGGAGCCUUUUUCAAUUGCAUUAUAAACCACUACAAUAACGACGCAACACUCUUAAUCUUACAUGCAUUUUAUUUAUUUUUUUAUGUUGAUUCUGUUUCGGGUUAUGUCAUGAGUUGGAGUCUAUCCCAGCUGUCUCAUUGCACGAUUAAUUCAAGUCAGCUAUGAAAACCACAACACUACUAAUGGCGGAACAUUUGUAAUUAUUCGUCCAUCCAUUUUCUUUAGAUUUCCUCCUUUUUAGAGUCCCAUCAGGAGCUGGAGCCUACACCAGCAAAUACAAUUAACCUUAAUUGUAUGCUAGUCCACUAUGUGAUCCAGUAUACUACCACGACUACUAUACUACUUGCAAUAUUCUUUGUCACCCAUCCUUUUUUUUUUUCUCUCUCUUCUCCCAGGGUCAUGUCAGCAGCUGAUUACACGAUUAGGGUUAUUACAUGAAAGUCAACUAUGUAAAUCAGUACACUACCAAAACAGCAACAUUCUUAAUCAUCUAACGAUCCAUUUUCUUUCGCGUUAGUCUUGUUCACAUUCAUGGUAGGAGCAAGAGCCUCUUACAGCUGACUUAUAGGGUGAUUUGUUAUGGUUAACUUUAUAACCCAAGACACUGCCAAUGGUGCAACACUCGUAAUCAUCCUUUUUUGUUUGUUUUUGUUUUUUUGGGUAUUUUUGUUUUUUUACGUUUAUCCUAUUUAAGGUCACAUCAGAAGCUGGAGCCUGUGCCAGCUAACAUAUAGGGUAAUUGUAUGAAAGUCCACUAUGUGAACCACUACAAUACCAAUGAUGCAACAUUCCUAAUCAUCCAUCGUUUUUUUAAAGAGUUUAUUCUGUUCAGGGUCAAGGCAGGAGCUGCAUAUUUAUAGUCUCAUAUUUCGCCAAAGAAGAAUUUAUGUGAGCCACUACACUACCAGUGACUUAACACUCGUAAUCAUAUUUGAAUAAUUUUGCAUGACACAAGCAUCCAAUUUUUUGCCUUACGGAUUGCCUUGUUAAUCAGUUGCAUCUUCACAGCGAGCGGUGUGAAUGUUACUGUGAAUGCUCGGUGCGAAGGCCAAUCAAAACGUGUUGUCACUGUGUGCCAAAUAUAGUGUUUUGCUUUUAUUUAUUGUAUUGAUUGGUGUGUCCAUCAAAUAUGUUAAGUGGAGAAGAUCAAUGGUCCAAUCACCUUCCUUUCCCUUCCCUUCUCCCCCAACAAUCCAAAGCCUGAAUAGCAAUGCAUUUCAGCACAAGGAGGAAAGCACUACACUGUGCAAAGCAUAGCAUGUUUGAUAAAUUAACCGGGGCCCUUGUCAUCCUCCUACUCUUCUUUUUCCUCAAGGUCACAGUUAGCAGCUCUAGAUUUAUCAGAAGGGGCAAAAAGAAGAAGAAGAAGAGACGCUUCUCCAACACCCAACAAAAUAAUGUGACAUCUGCUGAUGUUUUCUAGUCUGAAACCAAAGAUGCUACCUCACUCAAGUUCCAUAUGUGAUUUCUAUCACUUUGAAGAUACCAAAGAUAACCAAAGAUGUGUUGUUGUUGUUGUUUUCUUUUUCAUUGCACGGCCUCUGUGAGUGGUGGUAAAAAUGAUGUUGUUGUUUAACGCCCCCUCCCGUCCCAGUCUGUCCCCAUCCCCCCCCCCCCCCCCUCUAUCAGAUGGAUUGCUCUCAAUUCUAGCUCCAUGAAUAGUCACGCUGAACCGACAAAAAGCAUGUAUGUUCAAAUUUGGUGAUGGUAGAAAGACACCAAAUCGGAAAAUGCAUGCUUUUUUAGAAAGCAAAGAUGAUGGAGCCAUAGAUACACAUACUGUAUAUAUGCAGGUGUUGGUGGGGGUUUUAAUCUCCACAUUUGGACCACAGAACAUGUAAAAUAAGAAUUGUUAAAAGUGGGUCUUUGCUAAUAAUCAUACACAGUGGAACCUCUACAUUCAUCAAUCCAUCCAUUUUUUGUACCACUUUAUCCUCACAAGGGUCGUGGGCGGGCUGGAGCCUAUCCAGCUAUCUUCGGGCGAGAGGCGGGGUACACCCUGAACUGGUCGCCACCCAAUCGCAGGGCACAUAUAAACAAACAAACAUUCGCACUCACAUUCCCACCUAAGGGCAAUUUAGAAUCUUCGAUCACCCUGCUAUGCAUGUUUUUGGGAUAUGGGAGGAAACCGGAGUGCCCGGAGAAAACUCACACAGGCACGGGGAGAACAUGCAAACUCCACACAGGCAGGGCCGGGAUUUGAACCCAGGUCCUAAAUAAUAAAUAAAUCUAAAUAAAUAAAUGAUAAGACUUAAUCCAAAAAAAGUCAAAUCGUUUAACCACUGUUAUUUAGAAGAAGAAAAAACUUCCAUUCUUAACUUCGAUAACAAAAGUGAAGUGUCAUAGUGACUUGUGCCGCAGGUGUUGAGUUAAUUUUUUGAACAUCCUUAAUAGUCGCACAACAUUAAAACGGUUGUUGACCACAGUAAAACAAAGCGAAAAGCUAAAGAACAAGAAAAACAUGCAGUUAUAUUUUUAGCUCAGCUGAGCUCUGUCACCCAAUUAUUUUGUGAUUUUAGAAGAGUAGUUUCACUAACUUUUCUGGCAUGCUAAAGUUGUGUCACGUAUUUCUUGUUUUCCACCCAUAAUUAUCACCAAUGUAUAAAACCAAAGUCUGUACUUGGGCAGUGAUUCUUUCACAUACCACCAGAGGGAGCCAGCGUAACAAUGCCUGUAGUCGUUCCACAUUUUGAGAAUCACUGUUGGAGAGGCUUUUUUUCCCCAAAAAAUGUUAUCAAAUUCAACUUCAAAGGUUCAAUUGUUUCCCCUCCUAGCCUCUGCCUCCGUGUGUCCUUCAGUGGUUGCUCCAGCAGACCACCACCAUCAUCCUCAUCUUUCCUUCAGGCCAGAUGCGCACCUGACAGUGUCGCAAUCCUCCUAUUCCUCCUCCUCCUUCACUCUUCACUCCCAGGACGAGUGCCUUGCUUGAACCAAAGUGUUGAACCGCUCUUGACCUCUUUUCUCUCCUUUGACUUACCUCAAGCUUGUCGAAGGGCCGCCACUACCCAAGGUUGACCCCCAUUUUUUAUUUUCAUUCAAAUCACACUGUGGUGCUUUUUAUCGCCAUCGCAUGCAAUGAAAACAUACCAAAGCGACUCUCCCUCCCCUCCCCUUUCUCCCACCCCUUUUCUCUCACUCAAGCCGUGCAUUCUUUUCCAAAAUGUGUUUGAAUACCUCACAGUGACAAUUCCUUUGUAUACUUUCUGCGACCAAGUGUGAAAAUUGUUCCAUUAUUAUUAUUUAUUCUUUUUUUUUGUUGCUGUUGUUUUUUUGUUUUUUUUUUAAAGUGUUUCAGGGUUGUUGUAUAUUGAAUGGAGGGAGAUGUGUAUUUUUUAUCAUAUUGACCACUGAGAACGAGAGUGAGCUAACUCCAUUUGGCAUUUUGCAGGGGAGUGAUUUAGGUCAACUAAGGGAACCACUACUAUUUGUGCAAUCAUGGUCUAAAUCCAAACAACUAACAAAUAUAUCACUAUUUCAUGAAAGAUAAUAAAUAACAUUCACUUACAAUAUACAAGCAUGGAGAUUCACUGGCACCCAAUCUACAAAAGUGCUGAGUGCAAUAAUGGACUGCCUCUUAUAGGUAAAAAUUGGAACUGAACUUUGAUUUAGACCAGUACUCUUCUGCAAGAUGUUUCCUUUUCUGUAUUCAAUAUGGCAGUUACACUAACUUAAAAAUGGAGUUAGCCCACUCUAGUUUUGAGUGACUCAUUUAUGAUGGUAGACUAUUGCUUUUUAACAGGGUAAAACCAACUGCUGUGACGUUGCGUUCAUAUUUCUGCCCCCACCCUUUUGCUCUAUUUCUCUGUUGUGGUUUCUUUCUGGUUAAAUGUUUUUUAUUAUUAUUAUUAUUCCUUAACUGCUGGUUUAAUUUAAUUUAUGCAUUUGUAGAAAUUCUAGAUUUGUACAUAGUAGGGGAAAAAGCAAAGACAAAAAAAGUUUUAUGUUGAAGCGUUACGUUUGUGAGGCAUUUCCAUGUGUUUUAAACACUGCCACCCCCUCCCAAAAAAGCAGAACUUUGUUGAACAGUGUUUGUAUGUAUAUGUGUUUUUCUAUUGUUUUUAAAUGGGUAUUACAGUACUGCACAUCCAAAGAUUUUUUAAAACAAACCAAAAAAAAAGGUAUAAUGUUGAAAAGCACUGGCAUUUGUGAAGGCGACUUUUUGUUUUGUUUGAUUUUUUUAUAUUUGAUUUGCCGUUAUCACGGGUUUAGAAUGUAGAAGGUGUAUACGUGUGGGGGAAUCUCCUAUCCAAAAUGUACAAUCUGCUUAAAAAAUAGAGGGCUGCAAGUCCUUCCCUCUUUGCUGCCUUCAUGUACACACACAGGUGGCAGGGCAAGUGGGGGCCGGGCAGCCGGUCUGCCAGGAGGGGGUCGCUGUGCCACGGAGAUGUUUUUUUUCUCAUUAUUAUUAUUAUUAAUAUUAUUGAUUUGGGGGUUUUUCAACAGCCGUGGCACUGCCGCCUUUCCUCAUCAAGUAUCUGUUCUUUAGGUACGUACUUGUGUCAUGAAUAUGAGCAAAGUCUAAUAAAAGUGCAAAAAAGCUUAUCUGAGGAAUCAGUGCGCAAGUGUGCAUGUGUGACGUAAUGUCUAUGUCAUUUAUGUUGUUAUUUUUUUAAAGUGUGUACUGCGUACUGUUGUCAGUACAAUGUCCUCUCUUGCCAUGCCAAAGACUUAAAAAGGUCAUCACUAGGGUUGCAAGUUGUAAACUUUCCAUGAGAAUAAACUGGAAAUUUGGUAAAUUUGCAGGGAACUUUGAUAUUUGGUGUAUUUUACAGCAUAAUAAUGUAUUGAUUUUAUGCAAACUUGCUAUUGAGGCCACACCCCUUUGCAUACACUGGCAUUCCUGCAUCGCAAGCGUAAAAAAAAAGACCUUGAUUAACCCUUUUAAAAGCACUUGGCAAGUCUAGAUUUUAAGAUUAAUUUAAUUACAUUUACCCCGUUUUUAUUUUAUUUUUUACUUUUUGCUGUCAUAAAAUAUAAUUAUAGUUGAAUUAAUGUGCCAGCUUUUUGUAUUUGUAUACUUUUUCAGAUUUUAUAAUUCAUUUUGAAUUUUAUUUUUAAUGAAUUUUAUAAAUUUCAGUUAUAUUUUAAAUAAAGGUCAAUUUUCAGUAUAAUACGGUAUAUUUAACUACUAAA